ACUGAUAAGAGAAGGCAUGAAGAAAUUUUUCUAGCUUAUCACCCAGGAUCCUGGUAUGUCUUGAUUAUGAAGCUUCUGUUGCUACCCAUAGUUCACAAUUGGAAGAUGUGACUAUUCACGUAAUCGUACAAAUAACGCUUUGUAUAAGGUGGGCAGGUUUAAAUAACGUGGUAUCCUGUAACGUGGGUACAUUAGAUAAUCUUUAAUGUUUGCUUUGCGGCAGACGGUAGACGAGUGCUCUGAAGGGAGGGGGAAGAUAUGCUGCGCGGAGGUGAGUGGAAUGCAGUGACCAUGCCCGCCGACAUGUUCCCCGGUAUGCCUCUGGCCGCCGCGCAGACGCCGCAGCUGUUGGGGCUGGCGGGAGACCGCGCGCUGCCCACGGAGUUGGGCGAGGGCUUCGAGAAGAAGGCGCUGCGGUCCGAGACCGUGGACCAGAGGAAGGAUCUGCUCCCUCCCGCCCCGCAGCAGCCCUUGCUGCCGCCGGAGCUGGCUCGCCGCGCUCAGGAGGAGCUCAACGAGAACCCCGACACGGUGCACGAGGAAAUCGAGAAGCUGAGGAGCCUGGUAGCUGACGAGAAGAACCUCCACAUCAGGACGGACGAUGCCUUCCUCCUGAGAUUCUUGCGGGCACGCAAGUUCGACGUGAGGAAGGCUUUCCACAUGCUGCAGCGGUAUUACGUGAUGAAGCUGCGCUGUCCCGAGCUGUUCAAAGUGCCGAGGCCUUCGGAGAAGAUGCACAUACUCGAGAUGCAGGCCCAGAACAUGCUGGAAGACAGGGAUGCUCUCGGACGCAGGGUCUACGUGUUCAGAGUUGACCGGUGCGACGCGGCCAACGUGAGCAUCGAGGACAUCUUCCGCACCAACGUGCUGGCGCUGGAGCACAUCGCCGACGAGCCAGAGACCCAGGUGGCCGGACUGGCCGUCGUGGUGGACAUGAGCGGGUUCGGCCUGCAGCACGCGCGCUUCCUGUCGCCCUACUACGCGCGCCGCACCGUCGAGGUCAUCCAGGAAACAUUCCCAUUGAGGUUCAAAGGAUUUCACGUUAUCAACCAGCCGUUCUACUUUGAUGCUGUAUUCGCCGUUUUGAAGCCAUUCCUCAAGGACAAAAUUAGGAGAAGGAUAUACUUCCACGGGGCAGACCUGGGCUCGCUGCACGCCUUCGUGAGCCCGGACAUCCUGCCGCAGGAGUACGGCGGCAAGAAGCCGCCCUUCGACAACACCGCCUGGAGGCAGUCGCUGCUGGACAGCGAGCACAAGUUCGUCGAGCUGGAGAGCUACGGGUACCGACUGGAUGACGAGGCCAGUUAAUGUCCGGGGAACCGUGUCGCUGCGACCUCCUGCGCCGCUGGAGAAGAAACAAGAAGAAGCUAGAAGUUAUCUCCAGGACCAACUAUCAUUUCACCGGCUUGUACGCUGGAAGCACAACAGCGUAAAUAGACGCGACGUGAUGGGUCGAUUGUCAGUUUUUCUCGAAUCUGAGUCUCGAAUACAAUAAUCGAAUCUGAAACUAGGUUUUAAAGAGUAUAUAUAUUUGAAAAUAAUGUAUUAGAAACGAUUUUUUUUUUAAAUUAUGGUGUUGGCAUAUUUAACCCUUUCAAAUAUUCGUUUCACGAACUACGUUUUCAGAAUCAAUACAUAUUGUAAUUUUAUUAAAUUUCUGAAAGCACAAUAUUUUGGAGAAGGUAACAUGAUAUGUACGAAGGGGAAAAAAAAAGUAGACCAAGUAAACUUAGUAUUUUUCUUCGAAUCUUUGUCUUCGACUAUCGAAUCCUUCGAACACUAAGGAUUGGAUGGUGUUUUGAGGAUUUGACUGGCCCGUCCCUGAUAUUUUUAUAUCCCUUAACCAAUCCCAUUCGACCCAUCAUUUUAAGGCCACAAUGUUAAAAUGGACGGACGCGAUAUACUUCCUGAUAGGAAAGUUUUUUUUUUUUUAAUUUUUAUUUUACAUCGCGUCACUGUUACGACGUUAUUUAAAUGAUGGUAGAAUUUUUUUUUGGAAUGACGGUAAAACUGUUUCAUUGUUUAAUAUUUCUUGCGGUUUUUGAAAUUUUUUUAAUGCGUUAAUAUUCAAAAAUAUUUAAAAAAAAAUGUAUUGUGAUUACACAAAUUUCCUUUAACAGGUAAAAAAAAAAAAAAAAAAAAAAAAAAUUGGCUGUCGUUUAUGUAGUGCGAAUGUAAUGGCAAGAAACAUUUUAGAGCUAGUUGGUUGUUUGUUUCUGUUUGUGUUACGGAAGACAGAAAUGCGAUAUGUCCUGCUGUCCAAUCGCGUUCUUUGCUUCGUGUCUGUCGCGUUGUAUACACUCUCACGGCCGUCUAGAGAAACUAAGGAAUUUGAGGGGGGGGGGGAGGGGAUAGUUUUCGUCUCCCCUCUUCCCGCUACAUUAAUUAAUGCACAGGUUUUCAAACCGCAAAGCACAACGAUUCUUUAAGACUGUAAACGUUACCGCCGCCAUAGCUGCAAACGUGAUUUGCGCGUAUUGCACAACUUGUAAGGUUUAUAAUUAGUGGCGUACACAGAAUUUUUUCGGAAGUGGGGGGGGGGGGGGGGAGGAAAUUGUUUUAAAAUUAUAAAAUAUUAAAAAAAAAAUACUAUUGGCUAUAACUCAUUGACAUAUGGGCCUACAGUAGUAGAUGUAGAGGACGUUACUUCUCACACAUUAACAUACUGUCUUCACUGAUAUUUUGCAAAAAAAAAAAAACUCUUUCACUUAUCCUUCACCCCUUCUGAUUCCGCCUCUUUAUUACAAUCCUUUCUAUUAGAAAAAUACUUCUAACAUUCGUCCUACCAGGGUAAAUCCGUGCAUUAAAAAUAGUUCGAUUCUCUACCGGAACUCUGGACAUUAUGUCUCUCCCCCCCCUCCCUUUUCCAUCGACGGUCCUGGCUCUAUUGUGUUUCCAGCACCAGUAAUAGUUUGCGGUAAGAAUUAAUUUUAUUUUAAUAAAGGGAGUUAAAACCAAUACAAAAAAAAAAGGUCUUAAAAUGACCACAACGUUUGGCGAGUGACUCUUCACGUUUGACUUGGACCUAAAAAAUUAUGCUUCUACGGCUGUCUUGAUAAAAAAAAUUUUUAAUUCAUUUAUUUAAUACCUAGGUCAUGACAGUGUGAUUUUAGCGAACUACUAUAAGUAAAAAAAGUAAUCUCAAACAAUCAAAAUCUAUUUUAUUUUCCCCCUCAUUGAAUUAUCACGCAUAGAUUCUCGCCUGUGUUCUUGGUUUGAGUUUAAAAGCACAAAUUGUGAAGCGCUAUACAAUAAUUAAAUUGUUCAUCUUUUCACGGAAUUCGUGAAGAUGUAUUGACACAUGUUAUUUAUCAUUUAUCUGUGGCGAACAUAAUAUCUCAUUCCUCAGAACCAAAUGCGCUAAAGUCAUAAUUGGGCAGUUUUUACAGAAGAGUAAAUAAUCUGCUCUUUCAAUUCUACCGCGUUUUCCAUAAACCUCCAUAUGCCCGUGAACAUCAAGUAGUUAAUACUUAUCGAGUAAGUUCUGUCGAAUGGGGAACUUUUUCCAGCAUUUGCAAGUAUGUAAUAAUGUACCUGGGCAUAAGUUUGUCUUGUCUACUCAAUUAUUGGACUCUUCUAACGUUCAUUAAAUCCUACAGGAAAAAAAAUGAGUGAUUUGCAAUGUAUGGUUCCAUAGGAAACGAACUCAUUUGACGUCAAAAUCGCCAAAUUUGGACUAAGCACUUUUGGUUCUGAGGAACAGGUAUCGCAUUUAACGUUUUUUUUUUUUUUUGUAUUCUAACUGACUUUUAAGUAGUAACUAACGGACCGCAGACUGUGCGAAGCUAUUAGAUUGAGAUUAUUUUCCGUAGAUUAAUGUGCGUCUACAGUUUUGUUGCUGUUACGGCGAUUUAAAAAUAAUCAACAAUGCAACUUUUUUUGAUAGUUUACAUAUAUUUUUUUUCAGUUAGCAGUUUUAUUUUUUAAUUGGAUUUUGAAAACCUUAAAGGCUAACUUAUAUUUCAAUAUUUGCAUGUAUUAAGAGAGUAAAAUCAUGUCUUUUUUUUAAAUACCAGUAAAAAAACGUUUUUGGAAGAGAAUAAUAGCACAAAAUUGGUAAAGAAUAUGACAAAAUCGCUCAACCUAUUUAUAUGUGUAACCAACAGUUUUAUAAAACAAUACCAAAAAAUGAAGGUUAUAGUGCCUAACAUUUUUUUUUCUCGCACACUCGCUUUUCUGCCAGCUGAGAACUAUGCUCAAAAUAAGUAGGGUAAAUGAGUUUACCUCAUGUUCAUUUUAAAAUUAUUCAUAAUUAAACUCAAAACUGAAUUAUUAAACAAAAGCUGUCAAAAUUAUGUAAUGUAUUUAUGUAAUACUUCGCACAUUUAGCUUAUAUUGGUGCUUAAGAGGGUGUAUAAUAUCUCUUUAUAACUUAGUACUCAAUUAAAUUUGAUUAUAUGUUUUAACUUUUAUAGCUACGAGUAUUUCUGUGUAGGUAUAGUAUUAUUUUCAAUACUCGCAAAACAUUUUUGUGUCGUUAAACUUGAAAACUUUAUUAAUAAAUUACUUCCAUUCAUAAUUUUAUAGCGGUAGUUAUAUUGCCAUAACAAUAGCCAUAAUUAAACCAAUAAUUGAUGAUAAUAAUGGUCCGUAGACAGCUUCUAGAAAAAUUUCUUAAUGAUAAUUAUACAUAUAAAAAGUACAUACUACUUUUACACUCUUAUUACGAUAUUACAUCCGUCACAAAAAUAAUUUGUGUGAAGAUUAUCCAUCAUAUAAUAUAAAUACGGUGCAUUUAUAAAUAUAUGUUCUUGUUGUGUAGAUGAACUUCAUGUACAGUAUGUUAAAGAUGCCUUGAAUUUCUGUAUAUCGCAUAAUUGUUGCGUGCUAUUUGAUGCUUGAUGUUUUAGAAGAAUAGCACUAAUUAGCAAGAUGUUACUCCAAUCAAUGGCAUUACCUGCCAAUACUUAGGUAGGAUGUAAUUGUCGUAUUUUUGCAGGAGAUUUUUGCUGUGGGUAAAAUAUGUAUAUAUUUUGUGAUGUUGAGGUACCUACAGCUAUCAGUUCAGUAAAUUUGUAGAGUUUGAAGAUACGCAUUGUUUCACACUUUCUAUCGAGCCGAGUGCAAUGACUCUUUCGCAGUUUUGAUGAUUACCACCAUCUUGCGUAGAACACGCGGGCAUAGAUUAUUUUUGCUAGUUUCCAGAUAAGUCUCACACUUGUCGUCUGGCAUUCGGCAGAACUAACUGCCACAGAAGAUUUGUACAGAGUGCCACACGCACAAAUCUAAUUCGUCACGAAAUUCAAGUCGUCAUUAAAAAAAAAUUAUGUCACGUACUCAAGUGCUCUGUUAUUCUAUUAAGUCUUCAAUCCAAAGAACAAUGUGAAUUUAACAUAUUUAAUUAAAUUGAACAAACAAAAACGAAUAAGUGUUAAAAAUCUUAUAGCUUGUUAAUUAUCUAAGAGUCGUUAUUUGUAAGGAAUGUUUACCAACCUGUGCUUUUAUGUUUAAAAUAAAAUUUAUUCCUAGAUUCGUAUUUUUAAGUAUUAGCUAAUUUACUAAAAUAAUUGGUUAUAACUGUUGAAAUAUACAUGGACUUAAGUAUGUAAGAUAAUUUUUUUCAGAAUGUCAUUUCGUAAUUUUUAGUAAACACCUUAAAUUUAAUUAAUUCUGUUACAUUAACUUGAGAAAUCCCUAGUAAUUAAAAAAACAACUCAAAUAAUGAUUUUAUUAAUUGCUUGGUAAUGUAUUUUUUAAUUAAUUUUUACUGGUACGAGUUGCAAAAUGUCGAUUGUUUAAUGAAAAGCUUAACCACUGUAAAAUUGAAAAUGACUGCAACAAAAAAGAGAGAAAACAUUUCUUUGAUAGUUUUAUUUUAAACGUAUUUAAUUCUCUGCAUAAAUAAUUUUCACAAAUAAUCGACAAUCAUACUCCCCAGUUUUUCUUAAAAGUGUAUAAAACAGCAAAAUUUUUUUAAUGUAAAUGAAAAAAAUCAGUUUAAUGUAAUACACACCAAUAUUAUGCAAAAACAAAAUUGUAGUCAUAUCACAGGACAAUUAAAUGCCUAUGACUCGCGUUUUUCACUAAGGGCGGUAUUCCAAGACGUUCCCGCAAGGUCGCCAAUAAGCACUGCCUUGUAGGGGCACAACCAUAACCUAACUUUCGGGGCCGUAUUCCAGAACGUGUCCUAACCGAAUCCCAGUAAGGCAACAUAUCGGCCGGCGUUUCAAUAAACGGUGCCCUGCACGAGGCUAGGAACUGGUUCCAACGAAUUCUAGCGGACGUUUCGCAAACCAUCGAUACAAUUGUUACGGCAAAAAUACUAAUAUAUAGCAGCAACAUCGCAAAAAAAAAUAGAACCACCUUUCUAAUUUUCUCAAGUAAUUUUUGACGCGACAACGUCUAAUAAAUCGAUGAACGCCGGCUGCACGCACGAAAAAGUGUCCCGUUAUACACAUUGUUCCGUUACGCUGUGUCCCGUUACGCUUUUUGUACGCUUGCGCCGCUUCUAUCUCUCUUCCACUCGACUGCUUAUAAAGUGAAGUGAAAAGUUAAUGUGGUUUCCAUUGCUUAUUACAACAACAAUUUCGGCAAUAAAUGUUAAUUAUUCAGCAUUUUAAAAAUCUGAUUACUAGUAUAAUUACAAGUAUUAAUUCUUUUAUUAUUAAAAUAAAACGAUUCAAUUUUAUUCAUAAUAGUAUGCAAUCAUUUCAUCAAUGUUUUGUUAUGAAGUUGUCACGUUAAACUAUCGUCCGUAAACCGACUUUACAGACAACCAAUUUUUUUUUUAAGUUGCGAAUUAUUUCUUGUUACGACCAUUAAAGUGUACAAAAUGCUUUAUAUACAAUAGUUUAGCUAUCGUAAAGUUUCAUUUGUCACAUCAACACGCUUGGUACGUUCUAUGAUGUUCACGAAAGUGACUAUAUACGAGUUAAUGGAGCCAGACGCGGGUUCGCCGUCUGGACGAAAUCAACGGAAAAAGUGAGCUCUGCGCAUGCGUGGAAUUUGGGAAACAGAUCGGCAACGGACAGGACACAAAAACCUGUUUCCAAAAAAUAAGGGACUGGCAGUGACCUAUUUUGCACUAGGAAUACGAUUUGGGAUACAGUUGUAGCACACUCAACAUUAAAACCCUUAUUUUUGUUGUGUCUUGGGAAUACCGGCCUUAAAUUUCUGUCACAAGAUAUGUUUCCGUGCAUUUUAGCUCGAGUUUUUUUUUUGCUUGUAAAACCGAAGAAAGGUGCCCCCAAGGUUUUUGUGGGCUCUGGAACAGUAAAGUAUACCAGACUGGUAAACCCUAUAUGCCUGAACUUGAAUUACAGUGAGAAAGAUCACCAGCAACUCGCUAUGUUUACCAAAACAGAAGUUUUUUUCUACUUUUAUUAUAAUUCUGUAGCUGAAAUUAGAGAAAACUGAAAAUGUGUUUAAAAAACGAAAAAAAUACUCAUCAAUUAAAAUAUUUUAAUAAUUUAGAAAUGGUGUGUUGCAACAUAUUUACCACAUUUUAAAGAAAAUUUCAGUAUCUCCGUUGAAAUUCUCUAUCUGUUGAUUAUUUUGCAGAUGAAAGAGUUUUGAUUUACUUUAGGCCAUAUCGGAUUCGUAAAUAUUUAAUUAAUGCGCAUUCUAAUAAGUAUACUUUAAAUAUUUCUUGGUUUCGUUUUCACGUGUUCAAAAGAAGUAUAAUAUAAUUGCAAGACAAAAGAAACAGGAAAAAAAAAGGUUUACAACAUCGUGAAAGAAAUCUGACAGAUUGUUAUUUCAUUCUAAGUUGUCUAUGUUUAUAUAGUUUAUUUAGUUAUUAAUUAUCGCCUGGGAGAUAAAAUAUCGAAAAGGGGGAGAGGGGUGGGAUGUUUGGUAAAACGUUAGGGGGUGCCUACUUUUGUGUCUCAUCGGUGACCGCAAGAAUGUUUGUAGUAUCUUAUGUCCUUUAGUUCACAGUGAAAUUUCUUUCAUACAACACUCUGCAAUUUGCCCCCAAUCGGGACGAUAGCGUUCAUAUAUAUUUUUUUCACGGUGGAUUCUGGAAAUUGACCUUGGACUGUAGGUUUUUUUUUUUAAUUUUAGCACCUACAGUGUUUCCUAUUUUAUAGCGGGUUACAUUUCAAAAUGUUUCACUUGUGGUAUUACCGUUAAAGCUACGUUGACGUUCGAUGAUAAACCUCCAUGGUUCCGAAAGUGCUGGAUUAAAGUUAUUUUACUGUUUAUAUUUAUGGUUCCAAAGUUGCGCCAUUUUAUUUCAGAUCCAGCAAAAAAACGUGCUGUUGUGAUACUUAGACCCGCUCUCAGACGAGGCGACUAUAGUUGAGUUCAGCAGUGGUACGGGCGGAUGUCAAGGAGGGUAGCGGUGCAGGAGAUGACUGGUAGUCGCCCGAACCACUUCACACGCUGUCGACUCGUCUGCUCUGGUGCACGUGCGCUCACGUGCUCACCACAACAGACACUACUGGUAGACUCCACACAAUGGACACUACUAGUAGACCCAACGCAACAGACACUACUAGUAGACUCAAUACAACAGACACCACUAGUAGACUCACCACAACAGAAGCUACUUGUACACUCACAACAGACGCUACUAGUAGUCUCACCACAACAGAUACUGCUAGUAGACCCAACACCACACACUACUUAUAUAUUAACCACAACAGACACUACUAGUAGACUCAUCACAACAGACACUACUAGUAGACUCGUCACAACAGACGCUAAUAGUAGUCUCACCACAACAGACGCUACUAGUACACUCACAACAUACGCUACUAGUAGACUCAACACAACACACUACUAAUAGAUUCACCACAACAGACACUACUAGUAGACUCGUCACAACAGACGCUAAUAGUAGUCUCACCACAACAGACGUUUCUAGUACACUCACUACAACAGACGCUACUAGUACACUCACAACAGACGCUACUAGUAGUCUCAACACAACAUACACUACCAGUAGAAUCACCACAACAGACACUACUAGUAGACUCCCCACAACAUACACUACUUGGCAUUAGUCCUUCACACCAGUCGCCUAGUUGAGUCAGAAGUGCGACUCUUACAGUGGAAACUGAAACCAUAUUUUGCGCGAUAUAUGACGCUGUCUGCUGGGUGGACCCAUAAUUACGAGUACAAAUAAACUUGGACGGGAUGUUCGAAUCCAAAGUGUUAGCUUUACAACGACAAUGUAAUUACAUUACGACUAAUCGAUUUGUAAAAAAAAACCAAUAAAAACAGUUUAUACUGGUUUGUGAUAAAAAAAAGCAAGUCUUUUUAUAAAUGAGUAGGAGAUUCAGUACUUCUGGUAUGCCACUACACAAGAUAUGUGGCUACCAAAAUGGAAAAAAAAAACUAAUUUCUCACUGGUUUAUUUGCGUGAUAAUAUUUGUGCAUUGCUUCUCACAAUAAAUGCACAUAUGUUAUUAAUAUACUACAAAAAGCUUCCAUCUAGCGGGUGGCUCAGAAACUACUUCAAAUACCAGGUCUCAGUCCUGGCAAUUAGAGUUCCUUUCACAUGGAGGGCGUUCCACAUGUCGGUUUCUAUGUGGAGUUUAUAGCAAACUCGCGAUAUGGGAUGUGAGGUGUGUGGAACACAGUCUAAAGGGACGAAGUUAGAUGGAAGUGGCGCGGAAAUGCUAUGCCGAUGUUAUCAGCACGGAGCCUGACAAACAAGGUGCAAUCGUUAUUAGAAAUUUUUUUUAAUUUAAAUGAUUAGACAUAUUUAAUUAGUGAUAAAGUGUACUGACUUCCCGUUGGGAAGAGAAAGUCGAUCCCACAAGUUUCCUGGUGUGAAACCUGCCCAUAAAGAAUCUUCACACGUCAAUAAACCAGUUGAGAGUCAACCAGGCAACUAAAGCUGAAUGAAACAAACCACCGUGUCUGAAAGGGGGCCCAAACGACUGAAAUUCGUCAGUAAAAUGCAAAGGCGUGGGAAAAAAAAUCAACAUACAUAUCAUUUUAAGUUGACAAUGUUAUAAAUAUUACGGGUUUGUAAAAUUUCUAGAAAUUUUCUCAUCUCUAUUGCCAAACAGUCUGGGGUAUUUCAACAGAUUCCUAGGCCUACACCAAAAAUUCAAGAUUGCGACGGAAGAAAAGGGGUCUCUGAAUUCCUAACUGACUUUAGCAAGUAAUGCGAAUAAACGAAUGUGAGUACCUCUCGCAACCUUAAGUGUAAAAAGCAGUGUCACUUUGCACCUAUUGUUUAUUUUUUGUGUUUAGUUCAGUUUUGUGUAUUUUGUUUCGCAUAUUAUUUUUGCCGCUAUGUGAUAUUAUCUUUAUUGUAUUUUAAGAUAAUGACGGAAAUUUUCCACUAUGCUUUGUACUGUUUUGGUGUAUUUUGAGCAAAAGCAACUUGGUUUAAUUAAAAGAAAAAAAACAAUAGCCCUUAGAAAUUUUUUCUGUCAUGAUUGCUGAAGUAUGUUGUAUUUAGUUAAACGUAUAAUAAUAUUAACACUACUAACAAUACUAAUAAUCCCAAGCCAAAAUAUUACUGCGAGAAUCUGUGUGCAAUAUGUGAUCAUUGUAUGAUAUGUAAAUAAAGAUAUUUAAAUCUGCA